AUGGAUGACGCAAUUCACCAAGCGGCAAUCCGAGCAGAGGAACUACGGAUGACACGAUCUAGAUCAAUAGCUACUGGCCAAGCUCCCGGGCCCCCACUAGGCAUAACUCGGCGGACAACAAACAGAUCGGAGGCCAACAAAAACGUCGACCCAAAUUCGGUGUCAAACGUGGACCCCGUUCCGAAUGAAGUCGAAAAUCUAGAUGGAGUGGACAUGUUAGACGAGGCGGAAGAAGGUCCCGGUAUAGAUGCCGAAGACGCUUCGUGGGUAGCCCCACCAGAAAAAGGCAAAGGAAGAGCCAGUAGUAGCGCAACAUCAUCAAGAGGAGACGUUGAAGGAGAAAUGGAUCAGGCGUAUGAAGAAUGGAACCCACAAGGCGCGAGGUGUUUACAGGAACCCGGAAGGGGUAAACCUCGCGGUAGAUCCCCAGGAAGCCCUCCCAAUAUAGCGGUAGACGGAGGGCGGGGUUUUGGCAGUGAUACGCAAAUCUUACCUUCAAUCGCCACACGUUCAGGAUGCACCUUCUCAGCGGAUCCCAACGUUUGGGUGACUCAACUGUUUGAGGAUGGCCGAUACGCGGAAGGCCACGCCCUACUAGAGCAGUUAAUGAACCUGGCUCACCCACCGCAGGCACCAUACGUAGCGAACGCCGAUCAGCCUAUACCGAGCGGUAGUGGCACCAACACCGCAAAGCAGCGUCGGUUGCUCCAGGAGGAUCCUUCGAGCCCAAGCAAAGGAGACCUACCGCUAGCCAAACGCCCUAGGCCUUGUGGGGCCACAGAGAAGGCAUUCCCGGCUGGAACCCAACAGUCUUUGCAAGCUAUGGGCAUAGCCCAGGGUCAGAGACUACCGGGUGAUCGACUGCACGAUCAGAACCAGGACUGUCGUCAACAAUCGUCAGGAGACCUCUAUAAACAAGGGACUCGCCAAGAUCACCCUCAACCGGUAGACCAUCCGACCCAGUUUAAUCACAACUGUUUCCCCCCUCGCCGCCAGACCUCACCAUCAGCCGGCAGACCAGAUGCGGCACCCCCUCAACGCGACACACCGGCUAACCAGGCUAAUCCAGAAUUAGAAGACCCAGACGCGGCAGAAGCAGCGCAAGUAAAGAUCUUGUUAGCCGCGAAGAAAGGACGGAUGGUGUUACACAACGGGGACGUAGUGGAGAAUGGACGGUACCUAGUGGCAGACCCCAGCGACGAGAUGGAGAAGGGGCUGACACCCCUGUCACCGGUACUGACACACUGGUUGCGCACGUUCAAAUCGUAUAUCCCCCUGACCGUAUUCAACCAAAUCUUCUUGAUCGACGACCAGCAAGAGUGGAGCCGUUGGAAAGCCCCAACAGAGGCCAAGAUCGACGACGGUUCAGCAUCCUUACGCGUCUAUGGGGGCGCACCACCGCCAGAAGAGCUCACAAUGCAAUUUGGACAUUGGAUCGACGGCAUCAGCCUGUUCAUCAAGUACGUAGCAGCGGAGGGUUGGGAGACCCUGGCCGAGAGGUUCGAGGGACACCGGAGGGUAGUGAUGGACCUUCGGGAGAACUUUGGCUGGAUGAUCGCGCUCCGAUACUGCCGGCGUAUCAGGCAAGGUGUCAUGCGCGAAACGUUGGAUAACAAAAUCAAGAAUUUCAGUACUCUGCAAUCAGAUAUUUUCGAAGAGGCGAAGAUGACUGCGGACUCACUCAACGAAAAAGCUUAUAGGACAAACCCUUACGCACCAGACGGGCCCCUCUCCCACCUCAACCCUCUGACCGGUUUACCACGCACGAACACGACGGCCUCGACGCUAACCACCAGGAAAUCGACAUACAAAGGCAACAAACCAAAGCCAAAAGAGUCAGUCAUAGCAAAGAGGGAAGUCGACUGGAUCCCGUCGGCGGAGUGGAAAUUGAUGUCAUCGGAGCAGAGGAGAGACGUGAAGAGAGGGAUGAAUUUGCCAAACAAGAGACCUUACCAAGGCGUUUCAUCAGGUCGAUAUUAUCGAGAAGAUGAGCCGUACAGGAAUCGGGACCGCGGCGAGGAGAGGACCUACAGGAGGCGAAGCAGGUCUAGAAGUCGUAGCCCAAGGGGCAAUAAAAGGAAAAAGCCUGGAGGAGGCAGACAGUAG